AUGGAAACCACCGAGUCUCGGUCUGAAGGAGACAACCAGCCCACAAAUCUCCAACAUGGCCACGCGAGUGACAUUGAAAAACAGGCUCGUCAUCAGCCUGAGCAGAGCUCCUGCGCCAAGCAGUCUGCAUUUAAAAGUCUCGGGAUUUUAGAUCGCUUCCUUGCAUUAUGGAUCUUCCUCGCAAUGGCCAUUGGAAUCAUCCUCGGCAAUUUCGUCCCUAAUACAGGUCCUGCCCUGCAGCGAGGAACUUUCGUCGGUGUCUCAGUACCUAUUGCUGUCGGUCUGCUGGUCAUGAUGUACCCUAUUCUCUGCAAAGUGAAAUACGAGGCUCUCCAUCACGUAUUCUCGACUCGGGAGAUAUGGGUUCAAAUUGGCUUCAGUAUCGUUGUUAACUGGAUCAUUGCCCCUUUUAUGAUGCUGGCGUUAUCUUGGGCCUUCCUCCCCGACGAACCUGAACUGCGCCAGGGCCUCAUUCUUGUAGGCCUCGCACGAUGCAUCGCAAUGGUCCUGAUCUGGACUGGCUUAGCCGGCGGCGACAACGAGUACUGCGCAAUCCUCGUGGCCGUGAAUUCUCUGCUCCAGAUGGUCCUCUUCGCACCCAUGGCCAUCUUCUUCAUCGAGGUGAUUAGCGGCGGAGAAACCAUCGCCCUCUCCUACAGCACAGCAGCCAAAAGCGUCGCCGUCUUCCUCGGAAUCCCGCUCGGCGCAGCAAUCCUAACCCGCUUCAGCAUCCGCACAUUGACAAGUCCCGACUGGUACGACAGAGUCUUUAUUAAAUGGAUCAGCCCCUGGUCCCUGAUCGGCCUGCUCUUUACAAUCCUCAUCUUGUUCGCGUCGCAGGGCAGACAAGUCGUCCACCAGAUCGUUUCGGUGGUUCGAGUGGCCGCGCCGCUUAUUGUGUAUUUCGUGCUGAUCUUCUUCGUCACGCUGUUUAUUACUUGGAAGUUGGGUUUUGGGUAUAAAUUGGCUGCGACGCAGAGUUUCACUGCGGCGAGCAAUAACUUUGAGCUGGCUAUUGCUGUCGCUGUUGCGACAUUUGGCGCGAAUAGUAACCAGGCACUCGCGUCGACUGUUGGGCCGUUGAUCGAGGUUCCGGUCUUGCUUGGGCUUGUUUAUGUUGUUAGGCCGAUUGCGAGGCGCGUGGGGUGGGAGGAUUGA